AUGCGGCGACCGGGAGCCCGAGGCAGCAGCAGCAGCAGCAGCAGCAAUGAGCUCUGGGAAGUGGAGACCGGGUGGCUGAGGCAGCAGCAGCAGCAGCAGCAGCAUCGAGUCGUGGGAGGUAGAGACCAGAUGGCUGAGGCUGAAGCAGUAGAAGCACCGAUGACUGGGAUGCGGCGACCGGAAGGCCGAGGCAGCAGCAGCAGCAGCAGCAGCAGCAGUAGCGAGCCCUUGGAGGCGGAGACCAGAUGGAUGAGGCAGCAGCAGCAGAUGCACCGAACACUGGAAUGCGGUGACCAGGAGGAUGAGGCAGCAGCAUCAGCAGUAGCGAGCACUAGGAGGCGGCGACCAGGUGGCGGAGGCAGCAGCAGGAGAAGCACCGAUGUCUGGGAUGCGGCGACCGGGAGCCUGAGGCAGCAACAGCAGCAGCAACGAGCUCUGGGAAGCGGAGACCGGGUGGCUGAGGCAGCAGCAGCAGCAGCAGCAGCAGACACUAGGAGGCGGCGACCAGGCGGCGGAGGCAGCAGCAGCAGAAGCACCGACGACUGGGAUGCGGCUACCGGGAGGCCAAGGCAGCAGCAGCAGCAGCAAGUCCUGGGAGGCUAA